AUUCCCGGCAAGACUAGCUGUAAGUACAAAGUAUUAUAAAACUCUCUCAAAAACCCUAAUUCACUUUUUACCUCAGCAGCAGCAACCACCACCACAACCCACACUCAAGAACCAUUUACUUACCCUCUCCCUCCUUCCCUUUCCCUCUGUCUCUAAAAUGGAACAAAAUUCCAUUUCUGAAUUACCCAUUUGUAAAAUUUCUUUAUUUUGCUUCGCAAAUUCACUUCCUUGUCAAAUUCACUCAACACCCAUCUCUUGAAAGUAACCCCCUUGACAAAAGUUUGCUGCUUUUCUCUUCCAGUCUUCUCAAUUUUCUACUUCUUCGUCAAAUUCAAUCAAAACCAAUCUCUCAAAACUACUUAGUCGAUUUUGACCUCCAAAACCAUCCCUUUAUUUCUUGUUUUCGUUCUCUAACCAGAAAACGCGUUUUGCAAUCUCAGAGACUUAGCAGCCUGGAAGAUUUUUUCAACCUACUCUAUAUUAGUUGGAUUUUUCUGUUGUUGCUUCAAUGGCAGAGGAUAGGAAUGGGGAUCGAAGCGAAGAGAGUGAUUACACUUCGGAAGAUGAGGGAACGGAGGAUUAUAGGAGAGGAGGGUAUCAUGCUGUGAGAAUUGGUGAUACAUUCAAGAAUGGGAGGUAUGUGGUGCAAAGCAAGCUUGGCUGGGGUCAUUUCUCUACUGUUUGGCUCGCUUGGGACAUUCAAGGAUCGCGUUACGUAGCUUUGAAAGUUCAAAAGAGUGCUCAGCACUACACGGAGGCAGCGAUGGAUGAGAUAAAGAUCCUCAAACAGAUUGCUGAGGGAGAUCCUGAUGAUAAAAAGUGUGUCGUCAAGCUUUUGGAUCAUUUUAAGCAUUCAGGGCCUAAUGGACAGCACGUAUGUAUGGUUUUUGAGUACUUAGGAGAUAACCUUUUGAGCCUUAUUAAGUAUAGUGGUUACCGCGGGGUGCCUCUGCACAUGGUCAAAGAGAUAUGCUUUCAUAUGCUGGUGGGUUUGGAUUACUUGCAUCGCCAGCUUUCAAUUAUACACACCGAUUUGAAGCCAGAGAAUGUCCUGCUUUUCUCAAUGAUUGAUCCAUCAAAAGAUCCGAGAAAAUCAGGUGCUCCUCUUAUCCUUCCAACCAACAAGAACAAAAUUGUGGCUGAAUCUAGUUCUUCGAAAGAAAUUAAGAGUUUGAAUGGGGAUUUGACAAGGAAUCAAAAGAAGAAAAUCCGAAAGAAGGCUAAGAAGGCAGCUCAGAGUUGUACACAGAAAGAAGCCUCUUUGGAAAAUGAUGCUGAUCCCAAACCAUCUAGUCCUGAAGAUUCUAAUGCUGAUGUGAAAUCAAAUGAAGAUUCUUUUGAGGAACAAUCAAAUGGUUCUGUGAUUAAGGAUGAUUCAGCAAACAGUGAUGGACAGAAGGAUGCUUGUCAAGCAAAACGCAGUAGAAGGGGGAGUCGCUCCACGAGGCAAAAUCUCUUGGCAGCUGCUGAUCUAAAGUGCAAAUUGGUCGAUUUUGGAAAUGCUUGUUGGACGUACAAACAGUUUACAAGUGAUAUUCAGACAAGACAGUAUAGGUGUCCAGAGGUUCUUCUUGGAUCUAAAUACUCUACUCCAGCAGAUCUAUGGUCCUUUGCUUGCAUUUGUUUUGAGCUUGUCACUGGUGAUGUCCUUUUUGAUCCUCACAGUGGUGACAACUAUGAUAGAGAUGAGGAUCACUUGGCAUUGAUGAUGGAGCUUCUAGGCAUGAUGCCGCGCAAGAUUGCAUUAGGUGGUCGCUAUUCUCGGGAUUUCUUCAAUAGAUAUGGAGAUUUAAGGCAUAUUCGUAGGUUGCGUUUCUGGCCUCUUACUAAGGUGCUUAUGGAGAAGUAUGAUUUCAGUGAGCAAGAUGCUAAUGACAUGACUGACUUCCUUGUUCCAAUACUUGAUUUUGUGCCUGAAAAGAGACCGACAGCAGCUCAAUGCCUUAAUCAUCCAUGGAUCACUGCUGGUCCUCGUCUGCUUGAACCUUCCAUGCCAAGUGUUAAGCACGAGGCCAAAAAUAGGAAUACAUCUGAAAUCAAAGAGAAGGCGGAGAGGGAGGCUAUGGAAGCUGGAGUAGGAAAUAUAGUUAUUGAUGGCGCUUCAAAAAAAUCCAAAGAAUCACAACCUAUGGAAAACCCUUCUAAAGUGACAUGAUAUAAUUCCCAAGUGGUGUUUAAUACCAAACUUUUCACUUGUACUUUUCCAAAAGCGGCUUGCAAUCAUCUGAGGAACAUCAGCUUCCCAAUUUCAUUGAGAUCCAUCCAUGUGGUGUUGUGGAAUGUGAUUUAUGAAUCAUCAAGUCGUAGUGUGGUUGAUUUGUCAGGCGAAUGUUCCAGUUUUUGAAAGUAGGCUCUCACAGGUGCUCAAACUAAGAAAUACACCUCCCUCUAUUUGACUCUGCUUUGAUUUUUCUUUUUGUACAAUGUACAAGCAUUGUUCCGAGGGUUCAUGUAUCAGGCUUCUAGAUUAGCCGUGUUAUUUGGAGACAUGACAUGUCGAGGUUUCAAAUGUACAUUUUAUUGGAUUGCACUUGUUCCA